CGUCAGUCUGGACUUUAACUCAGUGUUCUCAGAUGAUAUUUGAGACUUGGCUGUAAUCAAUCAGCUUGUUCAUUUAAAAACCCUAAAACUGGCAAACAUUGAAUUGACUAAGCAGCCAAACGUGGCCGUAAUGUUUCACAACCUGACGAAACUCCGGACACUGAUCCUGGCGAACUGCAGAUUCUUCUUUCUGGAUGGAAGUCUGACCAAAGAUUUAAAGGCACUGAUAGGUCUAGUGCUCAUUCUAAAAGACAACGUCAAUGUCCUUCAAAACUUGGUGGAACAUCUCACUAGUUUGAAAUACCUCUAUCUUCAGGGCUUGGGUCUGUACUGCAGUUGUGAUAAUGCGUGGGUGGUCUCAUGGGUGAAGGACAACAGUAAGGUGCAGGUUGACAUGUUCAACCCCACCAUGAAAGAACUGCAGUGUUUGAGUGACAAUGGAAUUGACCACCUCAACUUUAUUGGUUAUGCUAAGGAGAACUGCUCAUUUGAAAUCAAAUUUGUGUUCUUUGCCUCCACCUCUGCAUUUUUGUGUAUUUUUAUUAUUGUGGUACUGUCAUAUAAGUUUGCAGGCCAAUACAUUGCGCCUUUCUAUCACAUCGCCAGUGGAUGGUUCAGAGAGGCUUCGCGUGUGAACGAGGCGCGGCCCUCCGUUUUUGUGUCUCUGUCUGCACAGUCGGGACUUUCAGUUGGAGAAGACAUUGUGGAAAACAUCACAGACAGCAUCUACGCAAGUCGUCAGACUCUUUGUCUCGUCAGUCGCAACUACCUCGGUAGCAACUGGUGUUCUUUGGAGAUGCAGCUGGCCACCUACAGGCUCCAGGUAGAACACAGUCACAUUCUUAUCCUGGUCUUCCUAAAAAUGAUUCCGUCUCGCUUGCUAUCCUCCCAUCAUAGACUGGCCCGGCUGGUAAAAACUAGAACCUAUCUAGACUGGCCACAGGACCCAGAGAUGCAAGAGGCAUUCUGGGACAGGUUAUGGUGUAAACUCAGCUCUAAUAAAGCCAACUAGACUUUGUUUCUGUACAUUGUAAAGUUGAUUAAACAAUUGCAAAGUGAGCAAAGUUCAAUCAAUAUGACAGCUAAUGGAAAAAUGUUUAUUUUUUUUAUUUUUUUAUUUUUUACCUCAACUGGCAAAUGGAUGAGAAAAAUUAACUUUAAAUAUAUUUAGCCUACAUGUAAUGUCCAUGUUGGAUUUACUUUUUUAUAUG